CAAAACAAACCAGGGCUUCUCACAUAAACCGGGCUAUGCCAUGGAAUCAGAAGAACUAUAAGCUGAAGCUUAGCCCAUCGAAAAGAAUUACAAAAAAACUCCUCUGCUUUCUAGGUCAAUACCAAAAGGGUGAAGUAUGGCGUCUGUGUUCACUGUUACUACCGGUAAAACGCUGAACACCCACGAAAGCUUCAAGUCGCAGCUGCCUUGGGGUUCGUGCAAAAAUGUGCCUAACAGCAAAGACUGUGACGUCAUCCUCGCUUUUUGUCCAGUCACGUCGCGAGUCGGAACUGACAUUGAGGCAGCGUUGCGGACCAUUCCAGAGGGUAAACCUUUAGCGUUGGUGGUGCUUCACCACACAUUGGACAGCAACUACACUUUGCCCGACACAAAGAGGUUCAUGAAGCGGCCCGACUCCAUCACUGUGGACUGCCUGUUCACCGAUGACGGACUGAUGAGAUGCCCUUGCAAUGAUGAUGCAGUGCGUGCUGUUGCCAAGUUCCUGCAGCAACACGGGAAACGCAGUCUGAGAGGCAAGCUGGCCCUGGGCCUGCUCAUCCUCAUCUCGUUGUAUGUGGCCAUUUCCACAUUUACAGACUUCACAUUGUCAGUAAAUACAUCACAUGACAAAAACAGAUGUAGUAUGUCUGACAAAACAAAGAGAACAAACAUUUCACAGAGAUUUAAACCCUUUAUGUUAUUUUAUGUUAAAUACAAGGCAAAAGACAAAUGCUUUCUGGGUGUAUGGGGGAUGCGACAGUGCCGACCUAGGUAUACUACCCAGCAGCUCAUAGCAGUUGAGAUAAUUCAUGCCACGAAGAAACUUGAACUGAGAAUGCAGCAAGGCUACCAAGAAUUGGAGAGGAAAGUAAAUGAAAGAAUGAACUCUUUUGAUAAAGAAAUCAAAACUUAUCAGGAAUUGAACAGGAAAGCAAAUAAAAAGAUUGAGUCUCUCGAGAAAGAGGUGAACAACUGUAAGGAAUCAGAGGGGAAAGUAAAUGAAAAAAUAAAUGAUCUGGAGAAAGAAGUAGAAAGACUCAGAACAUCACUGGAACAGUGUCCUCAAAACUCACAGAAGAGCUUCUCCGGAGUCUUUCAGUGGUUAACAGGAGACACUGAGGAGAAGGCCUUACAUGACAAAGCUGAAUCAAAGAAUGAUGAGAUGGAUGGAAAUGAUAAACAGACUAAUGAAAAAGAAGUCUCUGCACCAUCACCACCUGAACCCUCACAAAAUUCAGAGGAGAAGGCCUUACAUGACAAAGCUGAAGUAAAGAAUGAUGAGAUGGAUGGAAAUGAUAAACAGACUAAUGAAAAAGAAGUCUCUGUUCCAGAUAAAGUCUCUGUUCUAGAUGAAAGUUCUGUUGACUCCUCAACUUACUCUGACAACAAGACUGUAAGCAGUGCUCAGGAAUUUAACAGGAAAGCAAAUAAAAAAAUUGAGUCUCUCGAGAAAGAGGUGAACAACUGUAAGGAAUCAGAGGGGAAAGUAAAUGAAAAAAUAAAUGAUCUGGAGAAAGAAGUAGAAAGACUCAGAACAUCACUGGAACAGUGUCCUCAAAACUCACAGAAGAGCCUCUCCGAAGUCUUUCAGUGGUUAACAAGAGACACUGAGGAGAAGGCCUUACAUGACAAAGCUGAAUCAAAGAAUGAUGAGAUGGAUGGAAAUGAUAAACAGACUAAUGAAAAAGAAGUCUCUGUUCCAGAUAAAGUCUCUGUUCUAGAUGAAAGUUCUGUUGACUCCUCAACUUACUCUGACAACAAGACUGUAAGCAGUGCUAAGGAAGACAGCGUACCAUCAUCAUAACACUGCCGUGUCAUACUUCUCUAGCCUAUGAAUAUGCCCUAAAGGGACACACGAUGGGGGAAGUAAAGUGUAGCCUUAGUUCUCUAUCUUCACAGUUUUUCUUUGUACAACCAACUGGACUCAUAACCACCACAACAUUUAUCCUCAGACUGUUCACUAAAAUUAGUCUGGGUGAACCCAAACGAAGCUGUUAUAUCAAAUUUGAAUUGGCUGUGCAGGCUGGUCUGGAAAGAAGGCCAUUGAUGUCCCUUUCUGAAUCACCAAGAACUCUGGAACAUGUUCUUAGGAAAUGAGUAAACAACUGUAUUUAAAACCUUUUAGAGAUGCACCGAUUGCAAGUUUUUGGCCGAUUCCGAUUUCCGAUUUUUCAUCGAGUUUGGCCGGCCGAUACCGAUUUUAGCCGAUUCCGAUUUAAUUUCUUCUAACCACUUUACAGCACAAAGAAAGAGUUAUUUUCUAGCCUAUAUUUUUUUUAAUACAACAUGUUAGAAAUGUAGGCCUAAUCAACUUAUCAAUGGCUGGUAGAAAAAUGUGAAUAGACAGAUUCUUCUUCAAGUCUUCUUCAGCUGCAGUAAUCCCAGUGUGGGACAUUAAUUUCACACAUGUAGAAAUGCACUAGGAACACUAUUUCUUUUCUUCUCACAUCCAUAUGCAAUAUCCAACUGUAAAUAUCUUCAGAAUACUGAUAACUGAAGUUAGUGCUACAUAGGCUGAGAUGUUGGAAAAUGACAACAAAAAAGAAUAAUUUUGAGAAGCCUUGAAACACAGCAAAUGACUUACAUUCUCAGUCCACACUCUUCUUUGAACUUUCGCGAUUGCUUGGGAUACUAAGGAAGUGUCCAUAUUUGGAUGGCAUAACGUCAUGCAGGAGCUUUCCAACGACACCACGCAUGAUAUGUUUUGUAUCACGGUCGCGGUAGUUUAUGACACGCUAACACGCUAACAAUGCUAACUUUUGGCGAAUUUAGAAGAAAUAUACAGGCGAGAUCAGACAAAAGGUAAUGAAAUAAACCUCUAAAUGUGUAAAUCGGAAUUAGUUGUUGUAGUAGUGUGAAAGAAUACAUGAUAAGUUGGCAAACCGAAGCAAAACUAUGUUUAUUCCUGCCGUGCUAUGUCGCUGCUUAUUGAUAGCGCUUGUGGUUCAGCUGUGGGCACGCAAUUAGCGGCAAGGACGGGCUUUGAUGAGCGCUGUAACCUGAAGUGACAGCUUAGUAUAGUAAAUUCCACGCAAUAUGGCAAAGCACAGCGUUCGCUGCAUAGAAAAACUCAGUAUUAGCGCUUUAUCCAGCCCUGACUGUUGGCCUAGCUUCAUCAAACUUUGCAAACUCAGCUGUGUGAGUGUGAUGUUGUUACAAGUACGUGCGAGUGCAUUUGACCGGCAUAAAAUCGGCAUGUCUCAGACUGACCGGCCGGUCGCCGGUCGUGGCCGAUCACGUGAAAAUCGGCCGAUUCCAAUCGGCGGCCGAUCGAUCGGUGCAUCUCUAAAACCUUUGUUUAAAAAGAUGUGUUCUUAUCAAUUUAUAGAGUAGUUUUUUUUUUUUUUUUUACUUUUGUUUUGUUGCUAUAUUUGAUUUGUGAUUCCAUUUUUCUUCAUAUCUGUAAGAAUGAUUGAUUUUUGUAAAAACUCUUGUUUACAGAAAUUCUACUUUUGAGUUUUACAGAAGACUAUGCAAUUACCAAAUAAAAUA